GUAACAGAUUGGUUGGCACAUUCAUUUGAUGACUUCUUUGGAAACACAAGUAUUUCUUCUGGUGCCAUUCCUGUGAAGCCACUAGAAGGCAACUCUGGAAGAAAGCGACAGCAGAAGAAGAAAGACCUGUCUUCUGUGCCAGAAAGUUGCAACCCCAAAGUUCUGCCUCGAAAAAGAGCAAAGUCGUCUUCAGUAGACCUGCCUUGUAACAAGCCCAGACAAAACUGGAGCCAAUCUCAUGAUGAGCCGUGGGUAGAUAGAUACAAACCUGAGACUCAGAAUGACCUUGCUGUGCAAAAGAAGAAAAUUGAAGAAGUUGAAACCUGGUUAAAAACGCACGUAUUUCAGAGGCAGCCGAAGCAGGGUGGCUCUGUUUUACUGCUAACUGGCCCUCCUGGUUCUGGAAAGACUGCAACUAUACGAAUAUUAGCAAAAGAUCUUGGCAUUCAGGUGCAAGAAUGGACCAAUCCAAUAUCUUUAGACUUCACAAAAGAAGACUUAAGAAAUAUGUUUGGCCGUGACUCAAAUUUUCAUAUGUUUCCAAGUCAGGCCCAAGCCGCUCUCUUUCAAGAUUUUCUAUUAAGAGCAAAUAAGUAUAACAAACUUCAGAUGCUUGGGGAGUCCUCAGAAAAUGAUAAAAAGUUUAUUCUUGUUGAAGACAUACCUAACCAAUUCUAUCGAGACCCUAGCAGCCUACAUGAAAUUCUCAGGAGAUUUAUUGGUACAAGUAGAUGUCCCCUUAUAUUUAUAAUCUCGGAUAACUUCAGUGGAGACAGCAACCAGAGGUCACUAUUCCCAACAGAAAUUCUAGAGGAGUUGUGUAUAUCCAAUAUUAGUUUCAAGCCUGUUGCACCGACAAAUAUGAUGAAAGUUCUUAAUCGAAUAGCUGCAACAGAAACUAGUGUG